CCAUCUAGACUAUCCAGAUAAUGAUGGGAGUGGUGAUCUUCUUUAUUGGUUUUCUACUCACCAUCAGUUACCCUGAUAUUGUUAUCUUUAGUGGAAUAACCUACUGGGGAUCUUUCAUUUACAUCAGUGCUGGAUCUCUGUCUGUUGCUGCACAGAAUAAACUCAAUCUGUGUUUGGUGAAAGCCUCUCUUGUAAUGAAUGCGAUUAGUGCUAUAACGGCAGGACUCACCAUUCAUCUGCUGUUCAUACUAUUAAUAAUAUCAGUGGGGGGUCCAAGGUUAUAUCCUGAGGGUUUGCGGAUCACUGUAAUACUGCUGGUGUUCACCAUUCCUCAGUUCAUCAUCUCCAUCUGUAUCUCAGUUUUUGCCUGCAAAGCCACCUGCGACAGAGACUCUACAGUGGUCAAUGUUUUAUUAAACUAGGUCAAUGAUUUAGUAAUGGUGAUGCUAAUAGUGCUAUUACAUGCUUUGCAAUCAGUUUUAUCAAAAAAUCAGUUGUUAUUUUAAUUUUGAUAGACUUUUUUGGUGAAGUCAAUGUUUUUAGAGAAUGAUGCCACUCCACUAAAGCCAACAGAAUGUAAAGGAAAUAUAAAGCAACCAUAAUAUUUCAUAGUAAGCUGACUUUAACUUUAGUGCACAUCAUAGUGUGUGAAAUAGAUAUAGGAACUGUAAGCCAAUCACAACAUGCUUCAUUGUAAACUACAGCCUUUAUUUUACUUCUAGACUACUUUUUCAUUGAACAAAGACAGUACAGCCUAUAAAAUGUUUAUUGUCUGUGGUUCUUGUGAGCAGAGAGUAUUUUGUGCACUAACAUGUCUUACCUGUUAAUUUCAUUUCAAGGGAUUUUGUGAAGAAUAAUUUUAAUAAUUUGUGCAUAUUUUAUAAUCACUGGAAAAGUGAACUAAUUAUGCUUCUGCAUCAGGCAUGUUUUGUCCUACAUGUUCAUUUCAUGUUUGACCUGGACAAAGAUUGUAUUUGCUAACCAAGAGUCUGAAUGAUUAUAUCAUAGAGUCAUCAGAGAGACCAGCACAGUGAUUGACAUACUGUGAGAAUUGAAAUCUAAUUAUUUUUAUUGUUGUCACAGAAAACAUGCACUUUUGUGUCUUUUUUGUCUUUUAUUACGCUACUGUCAGUUACUGGCUACUGCAGUCUGCUCGUGUCGGAUAAACCAAUCCAUCCUCAG